UUAACUCGCAACAAUGCAGACCGUCAAGGACGCCGCCGAGCUCCACAAGCAGAAGGCCCAGAACUAAGCGGCAUCGCCCACUUCCCCUCAUUAUUUACCCCCUCUGUUUACACAUAUGAUGGUGAAGACGAUGAAAUCGCAAUGAUUACUUCUUGAUCCACACUGGUUUGCUCGACUUUGUUUGCGUUGUGUGUGUGUGAUGCGUUUCUGAUAAAUUUGAUCGGACGGCAGAUCUGGUGGAGAGCAGCAAAUGUGGCUUUCCUCGGCCUGCGCGUUGAAAACUAGUCGCGAGCAGGCUGUGCGCGAAUCGCGGCAAGACGACGGCGACGACAACGACGACAACGACAACGACGACAACGACAACGACGACAACGACAACGACGACAACGACAACGACGAUAACGACAACGACGACAUGAUGGCAAGCAUGGGAGACGGACAGACGCGCGCGCUCGUCCUUGGCGGCGGCGGACCCGUCGGGCGGGGCUGGGAGAUUGGCCUCGUCACCGGUCUGCGAUCCCUGGGCGUCGAGCUGGCCGAGGCGGACCUUGUCGUGGGCACCUCUGCGGGCGCCAUUGUGGGCGCACAGCUCAAGCUGGGCCGCGACCUCUACAUGCUCUUGGGCCCCGCACCUGCGGCCACGGCGAGCAGCUCCACUGUGGCCACCGUGGCACCUGCGCCCUCACCGCCAGAUCUCAUCGCCCAGCUCACGGAGGCGCGUCGGCGGGCAGUCACGUCGGCAGACCCCGAGGCCGAGUACAGAAGCAUUGGGCAGCUGUCCGUGUCCACACCGACAAUAUCGGAGCACGAGUACGUGUCGGGCCCUCGUUUUGCCAGCUUUGCUCAAUGCGACGCAUGGCCGCCCGGGGUCCUGAUCACCUCGACAGACGUCGAGACGGGCCAGGCACAGGUCUGGACGGCUGCGUCGGGCGUGUCGCUACAGAAGGCCAUUGCGUCGAGUACCGCGCUCCCUGGCGCCUUUCCACCCGUGACAGUGGGCGCGGGAAAGGAGCGAUACAUGGACGGCGGGGUGCGGAGCAUGCUUCACGCGCCCCUCGCCGCAGGCCACCGUCGCAUCCUCGUCGUCUCGUGCUUUCCCAUCUUCAGCCACGCCGACGACGACGACGACGACCCCAUCGCAGCCAAGCUCAUCGACGAGCUCGACGAGCUCAAGUCCUCGUCGGACGGCACACACAUCGAAGUCAUUGAGCCCAAUGACGAGUUCCAAGCGUCAUUUGCGCACAGAUUACUCGACUUCAGCUUGGUGCACGAUGCCUACCAGUUGGGUCUCCGGCAAGCGAAGCACGAGGCUGAGCGCGCAGCCCGCCUCUGGAACACUGGCAACACCGCCACCGUGACAGCGGCGCAGGCUUUGCAAUAGGUUACAUCGGACUGCACUUACUUACUUACGGCAGUAGUAGAGUUGCAGUAAUAGCAGGGUUGUAGUUGCAGUAGAGUAGUAGUAGCAGCGGGAAGACUUUGGCAAGGAGUUCCACGCGCACGCAUGGCUCGAGCGCGCCCAGGCGACUGCGACUCAGCGCAGGACAGGAACAGGGGAAAAAAAGUAAAAUAAAAUAAGAGAGGUGGGACGGAAAAGCUGAGCUCUGACUGCCCUCCCGAUUACGGUUC